AUGAAGUUGAUCCUCUCCACCUCCGAAGGCAAGGACGAAGAAACUAAUGCGAACCCCGACAGCAACCUCAUGCAGGGCGGGCGGCCAUCUGUCCUUCGCCAGCCUCUUACGCAAAAAUCGAAUAUCGAGCUGAUCAACGCCCUCCGGUCGAAUUUCCUCGCAUCGCAGCAGAUCGGGUCCAACGGCGCGGAGUCCCAGACGAACGGACACUCCAACGGGCACGCGGAUGGCUCGAGUAAUGGAUCAAAGGCCGGACAGGAGUACCGCGCAUGGACGGAGGACCAUGAGGGCUCUCUCCACAUUCCUGCGAUCGACUUCUCACAGCCUGGACUGGCGGAGGAGCGGGAUCAAUACGAUAUUACUGUGAAACUGUUCUAUCUACCGGGAAUUCCUGCAUCGAGGCGAUGCGCGCACACCAGGGAGGCGAUUGAUUUGGUAUUGAAGGAGCUACAUGUUAAAUCGAUCGAUCUGCUCAUCGUGUCGUUCCCCGGCAUUCUCUUCGAUGCGGACGACGACAGCGAGGACGAAGAUACCGAAGCCUGCACGGGCGAGCCCGAUGACUUCGACAGUAUGGUUCAGACAUGGCGGGUGCUGGAAUCGCUCCACGAGCAUGGCAUGAUUGCCCAGCUAGGUGUCGCGGAAUUCGGCAGCGAGCGGUUGGCCCGAUUCCUGCCUUACACCAAGGUGAAGCCCUCGGUCGACCAGAUCAACCUCAAGGACUGCUGUGUCGUGCCCAAGUCCUUAAUCCUCUAUGCCAAGCAGGAGCAGAUCCAGCUCCUCACACAUAACGACUGCAAUGAUAUUCUCCCCGUUGGAACCACUCGGGAGCUUCUGGGCCCCGGCGAGAAGGGUGCUAAGAUCCUGGCUUCGGCACCCGAAGCCGACGAUGGGAUCCAGGGAGACGUCGAGCCGCAAUGGGUGGUGAAGUACACGGCCGUGGUGAAGGAUCGCGGGGUAGUCGAGAACAAGGGGUAUUUUGCCCUGGCGGACGUCGGCACAUGCGUCAAAGACCGGACAUGA